UACAACUCAGUUCAAAGAACAACCGCUUAUUUUGUAAACAAACUUAUUAACAUUUAAAAUGCAAAAAUUUGUUAUUAUUGUUUAAAAAGUCUAAAAAAUAACAUUUUUCGACGGUUAAAAUGAGACUAUUUAUCUUUCUUUUCUUUGUUUUGAGUUAAAUAACCAGUGUUUUCUUGAAAAUAAAUAAAAAUGUCUCAACCCAAGAAAAGUACCUGGAAUCUGCCUUCAUUUGAUUGUCCACCUUCAAAAACGCCGGCAAAAUUGAAACGAAAUGCCUCAAUGCCAAUAAAAUCGCCAGACAGUCCACCAAAGAGGAGUUUGACGAGAAAAUAUUCCGAGGAAUUUCUAAUAAAAAAGGAAAAUAUUAGCAGUCUUGCAUUACUAAUGAAAGCUUGCUAUCCAAAUAGUUCGUCUGAUUUAGCAAUUAGUCGACAAAAACAGCAAGAAAUUUCCUCAUGGAUUGAGAGUAAAACGAGUCGUGGAAAAUCGUGUAUAUUAAUUAUUUCCGGUCCAUCGGGUUGUGGAAAAACUGCAGCGAUUCGUGUUAUUGCCAAAGAAUACAAUUUUGAUAUCACCGAAUGGAUAACACCAUUAGAUCAGCUUAUGGAUGAAAAUAAUAGAGUUAUGAGACAAGGGGACAAAUUCGAGGAGUUUUUAAUACGAGCGACUCGAUAUAAUUCAGUAUUAAGUAACAAUUCAAGACGUUUGUUGUUAAUCAAAGAAUUGCCAAAUGUUUUCUUAGAUGAUAAAGAAGGAUUUCACGCUGUUUUAGAAAGGUACACUGAAUACGGAAGAGAACCGCUUGUUUUCAUUAAUACAGAAACCGGAAACUCGAGAAUAAUGCAAACUGUAUUCGGAGCGAAUGUUCGAGAAAAAUUUGGCAUCGAUUUAAUUAAUAUAUACGCAACAACACAAGUGGCGAUGAAGAAAACCUUAGAGCGAAUAUCGAAAAUUCUCAAUGGAAAAGCGAGUCAUUUUUUGAAUGUUACACAGGAAAAAAUAAACGAAACACUUGCUAAUAACAUCGGAGAUGUAAGAAGCGCCGUAUUAAAUCUUGUUUUCGCCUCAUUAAAGGUACCCGACAGCGUAACGAAAAGUACAUGCGAGGUGCGAGAGGAAACUUUAACUCUACUUCAUGGAAUUGGAAGAGUUAUAAAUCCAAAAAGAAUUAACGAGGGAAAUUCUACAAAAUUCUUUCAUAAUCCUGACGAUAUUGCAGCAUUUUUUCAAUCGCAAGCCGCAAAUUUCGUUCAUUUUCUACAUGAAAAUUAUUUAAAUACAAUGCGAGAUAUCGAACGCGCCGAAUUAAGUUCCGAUAUUUUGAGUGCAGCCGAUGUUCUAACAUCCGAAUGGCGGGAUUUGAAUUUAAACAAAGUGUCAUUAUCAUUUUGUGUCAGAGGAUUAAUGGUUGCAAAUAAUAAUCCCGUGUGCGGUUGGAAUCCAGUCAAAAAACCACAAAACGCUUUUUUGAAAACAGAUAGAAAUUUAGCUUCUGCAGAAAUUUCCUGGUAUAAAUCAUUGAUAGAUCAAAACUUAAAAAAAUCCAAUGAAGGAGAAAUGGAAAAUGCAGUUGUUGAUGAGGAAACAAUAAUUGAAGAUGUUGAUUAGUCACUUGGUCAUUUUCUUCUUAUUUUUGGUGUUAUAAUAUUGUAUUUUUUAUAUUUUCUAUAAAAUAAAACGACAAAUCUUA